CUGAUAGGACCUGACAGUUGACGUAAAAUCCAACACAAGUAAAUCAACAAAAAUCGUUAAUCACCAGUCGUUCAUUUUCGAAUCAAUGACCGAUUAACUGGUCUGGAUAUAGUUGAGAGUCAAGUUGUAGUGAAGUGUGCUGAGGAUUUUUCCAGCGUCCCAUCGAACCCCUCGAAAAAAGAAAAAAAAAUGCCGAGCACAUAUUUAUACGCGAUAAACAGCGAGGGCCGGGUAUUGGCGCUCUCGAGCUCCGGUAGCAUGUGGCGGGAAUUUAUGUACCUGGGUCUCGAAUUUAAACGUCUCUCGGCGGUGCCCCACUUCAUGUGGGCUAUCGGAGGCGAUCGACAGGUGUACGUUCACGUGCAUGGUCUUGACAUACCGAUUCGCAUAAAAGAGGAGACUUACGAGAAUGAACGGUGGCUUCCGCUGGAGGGCUUCAGCGGAAGGCUAUUACCUACGGACAGAUAUAACUUCUCGAAUAUCGAUGGAACGGUCGAUAGAUCUAGGGACAAGGUAAAAUUGCCGUCAAUGGCUUGGCAGUGGGAGGGAGACUGGCAUAUCGAGACUACUCUUGAUGGACAACCGUUGGACCAUGACGGUUGGACAUACGCCGUAGACUUUCCAGCCACGUACUCCACCAAAAAGCAAUGGAAGUCCUGCGUGCGUCGUCGCAAAUGGGUCCGUUACCGACGAUACUCAGCCCUGAACUCAUGGUGCGCGAUAGCUCCCCUCCAUAAAGACCCUACGAAAGAGCCAUUUAUCGACGUAGCGAUAGGUGGCACUCAGAUCCCCGGUGGGAAUCCCACAAAUUUAUCCGUGUGGGCGGUAACAGCUCACGGGCGCCUCAUGUACCGCGUGGGGGUAUCGUCAACCUCCCCCGAGGGCCAGCGCUGGUCCGCCAUAAAGCUUCCGAGCGGCCAAGAAGUAUCUCAAGUUGGCGUCGGUACUUCCGGUCUAGUCUGGUGCGUCCUGACUGACGGCAAAGCCCUCGUUCGCACUGGGAUCACCCGGGAGAAUCCGAUGGGCGACGACUGGAGGACUGUAGACCCUCCGGAUAACCUAAAACUGUCCCAAGUCAGCAUCGGAACAGACGCCCUCUGGGCGGUAUCCCAAGACGGCUCCGUCUGGUUUCGGAAAGGGAUCAAGGGAGAGAUGAGUGGUAUCUGCGAACAGUUGGCCACAGGGACCGGAUGGGUUGAGAUGCCAACCAAGAUGGCAAUGGUUUCCGUAGCUCCGAACGAUCAAGUCUGGGCGAUUGGUCUCGAAGAUCGGUGUCUCUACUACAGGACCCAAAUAUCCAACUCAGAACUCACGGGCAAAAAGUGGAGACCCAUCACGGCACCACUUCAACUGUCCAGGGCGAGCUCCAAUGCGAGUCUGUCAUCAUCAAACCGUCACAGCAUGUGCGGAACCCCGCAACAACAGCGGCACCAGAGCUGGAGUUCACUUAAUCGUCCCCAGAGCACUGGAGACACUACUGCCCUGAUCAGAGACUGGGAGGAGCAGUCGAGAUCAGCGCCAACCGCGACCUCCCUGAAGUCGUGGGAGAAAACGGACAGGCCACAGGCCUUCCAGGAGAUGUUUCCAGGGGACGAUAAGACCAAAUCAUCAAUUUCGAUUGAGUCGAACGAUCUCACUGACUCCUCCGGCAACAUCACGAUCUCAAAUGAAUCGUUAUCGCAUUCUGGGGAGAGCACGAUCGUCUCUGGGAAGGGCAUGGGGAGCACUGUGAAGGUCAAUCCGGCUGCAUGGUCCCCGGUCCACUCGGUCGGAUCGAUGGUCGGAGUCGAGGCGCAUCCAGAAACCGAUGGAAGCGUUUUCGAUCCUGAUUUGACUGGUGAAUCUGGUAUUUUUGGGGAGGAUGACAGCACCGCUGCCAUGUACUGGGCGGAAUGCGAGGUUCUUUGGUGCAAGGUCGAAGCAGGCGCUUGUUUCGUUGAUCCUAGCAACCCUCCGAAGUGGAUCAGCGAUGGACAACACUCGAAUUCCAGUGAAAUUUCCGAAAGCUGGAGGAUCCGAAUCCUUGAAGAAUUGAAGACCAGGCAAAGAAAUAUAGAAUCGUUGGUUUGUGACUUGUCGACGUAUGAGAAGGCGAUCGAGCGGUCGUCAUGGGUGAAGAAUGGGGACGCCAGGUGCCGGUUGAAGGGCAACAGCAACUUCGAGGACUGUGUCAUCGAGCUGGAAUGGAUUAGCAGCGACACAGGAGCCUUGGACUCUGGUACCUUGACCAUUCUCAAUUCUGAUGGUGCCACGACUGUUCUCCAGUUUCCCGUGUCAGAGAUUGUCGCUGUCAUCAGCUGUUCUGAACCUGGGGCACCAAGGCUUGCUAUCCACACACCCAAACUCCCGAAGUCGAAGGUUCUGAGGCUGCAGUUCUCCAGUGAUACAGAAAUGGAGGACUGGUUAGGACAUUUGACGUCCGUCACCUGCAAGAUGAAUAACGUAUACUCGAGACCCGGUCCAAGAUCGAUCUGGACGACAACCGCUUUAGGAGACGUUUACGUUUAUGAUCCUGUAAUAGCUGAAGGCAAUCAGGUGCACGAGGGAACUUACACACAAGAGUUGGAAGUAUCAGGGAAGGUCUCGUACCUUCCGUACGAGACAAUCUUGCAUAACGGUUUCGGCCCGGGGAGUUCGCUUCUCAUAUCUGUCUGCUGCCAUGAUGACGCCGAUCGUCUUGCUUUCAACUUCGUCUCACACAUGGGUCUAGGGAAAAAGGCUACAGAGUCCCAUGACAUAGCCUUCCAUUUCAACCCUCGGUUGAACGAGAAUAUCAUCGUCAGGAAUACUUACGAGAACGGACAAUGGGGUGACGAGGAGAGGUCAGGAGGAUCUCCCCUGAAGCCCGGGUCAGACUUCUCCUUGAAGAUUGUCUGCGAGGAGAGGAAGUUCAGGAUCUUUAUCAACGACAAGGAGUUCACGUCUUACUGCCACAGAAUACCUCCAGGGGGGAUAACCCAUCUCAGGAUAAAGGGCCUGAUGACUCUUCACAAAAUCCUGUAUUCUUCGAAGCAAGUCAUCAUCGAACCCGUGACCAUGUUCUGGAGACUGAUGGGUGGGCACUUGCGCAAGGUGGAGACCUGUUCUUCCGGGAUAACCUGGGGCCUAGGAUACGAUCACACCGCAUGGGUGUACACGGGUGGUUGGGGCGGAUCCUCCCUGAAGGAGCUAGGUUCCAACGGAGACGUCAACCCCAUGAUGGACGUCCAGAACUACUUCGUCUACGAGAACCAGAGAUGGAACCCGGUGACCGGAUACACCUCCCACGGGCUUCCAACGGACAGAUACAUGUGGAGUGAUGUGACAGGCAGGCACAAGCGAACUCGGGAGCACACGAAAUUGAUGUCAAGCCGUUGGAGAUGGAUUUCCGAUUGGAUCGUCGACUUCCAUACCCCCGGCGGCGUCGACAGGGACGGCUGGCAGUAUGCCACGGACUUCCCCAGUGUCUACCACGAGAAAAAGAACUUCACGGAUUACGUGAGACGUAGGAGAUGGUUCCGGCGGUGUCAGCUGACGACUUCGGGGCCUUGGAAGGAAGUCGGGAACACGAAGAUCGUGGACAUUAGUCUCUUCAACAAGGGCGAGGAUGAGGGGGUGGAGGUGUGGGCAGUCGCUGCCAACGGCGAAGCUCUCUACAGACGAGGGGUCACUGAGACGUGCCCCAUGGGCGUCUCCUGGGAGCACAUACCUUCCGAUCAAGCGCUGAUUGGAAUAUCCGCCGGGCCGAUGGGGCAAAUUUGGGCAGUGGGAAAAAACGGGAGCUCCUACUGGAGAUUCGGCAUUUCGGAGACGAAACCCACGGGAGAGGUGUGGACCAAUGUGGAACCGCCUCCUGGCGCUCAGUUGAAACAGAUUUCGGUGGGGGGCGGGGGCAUUUGGGCGCUGGAUACCAGUGGAAGGCUCGCUGUGAGGAAGGAAAUACAGCCGAAGGUCUUCCCGGAGGGGACGCACUGGCAGGUGCUGCCGGCUAUGCCGAAUGACCCCAUUCAUAUUGAUCAGGGAGUGGUCAAUGCCAAGCAAGGGUUCAGAAUGGUUGCGGUUUCCAAGGUGGAGAAGCAGGUCUGGGCUGUGUCGGGAGCGGGGAUUCUUUGUCGGAGGAUUGGAGUUACUGAAGAGAAUCCAGCGGGGACAGGAUGGACUACUGGGAUUGGGGCAAAUUGGCAACACAUCACUAUUGGUGGACUCUAAUCACAGCCCUUAAAGCCAAAUAUCGUAAACAGAUAAAAUAAAACACCACAGUAUUUUCUCAAUCUUAAGAUAACUAUGAAAAGCUUAAAGUUCAAAGCAUCAACGACGUGGCCUGAACCUUAGAAUCACUAGUCACUAACUAAUCGUUGUAUUUUCGAAAGACUAAGUAUUUUGUCCAUUUUCAAUGGACGAUCAACAUAAGCUGUUACUAAACUAUUAGAAGAACUAACUAGUCUUGCUCUUUUAUUUUAUAUUUCUUUUUGUGAUAUUGAAGACAUUCCCGAGGUAAGCUAUGAUCACGUGAUUUUUUAAUUCCUAAAUACUAUUAUUUUUGUACAAUCGCCAUGAGAAUGACAUUAAUGGGAGAUAAGGGAGAUACAAAAUAAUUAUUACAGUCAUUUAUACUACGUAUGUACAGUGAGAGUCGGAAUACUGAAUAAAUUACGCUCAAAUGUAAAAUGUUUGUGAAUAAAAUAUUUACAAAAGACAUCGCUACUCAUUGCGUGUUUUAGAAUUCAAAGGCAGAGGGUUGGAAAACUUGGAAA